AUGCUCAAAAAACUAUCACCGAAAGGAUCUGAUCCAGUCACCGACUCGUGGUUCCUCUGUGGGUCGGCAUGGCCAGUAAUUAUUAUUACAAUGGGUUAUAUUAUUUCUGUUCAUUAUGGCAAACUUUGGAUGUCAAAUCGGGCCAAACCAUUUAAUCUUCGUUUACCUAUUGUUAUAUAUAAUCUAUUAGCUGUUUUAGUUAAUGCAUACGUUAUUCUACUAGCAGUGCGAACAGUAACUUUAAAAUCUUAUCGUAUCUAUUGUCAAGGCGUUAUGCAUGAUAAAGAAGAUAUUUAUUUAGCUAAAGCUGUCUGGUGGUAUUAUAUUUCGAAAGGUUUUGAAUUUUGGGAUACAUGGUUUUUUAUUUUAACAAAAAAAAAUUCACAUAUAAGUAUUCUUCAUGUUUAUCAUCAUGCAACAAUGUUUCCUUUAUGGUAUCUUGCUACACGUUAUGCGCCAGGUGGUGAAGUCGCAUUGCCAGUUAUUGUUAAUGCUUGUGUCCAUAUUGUUAUGUAUUUGUAUUAUGCUCUAGCUGUUAUGAAUAUUCAAAGAAAACAAUUAGUACGAAUUAAACUUUUUGUUACUGUGAUACAGAUAAGUCAAUUUGUAGCUGCUGCUAUCGGAUGUGUAUUUCGAUUUCAUGCUAUGCUAUUUCAAGGAGACCAAUCAUGUUAUGAUUUUCCUGUUUUAUUCGUUUUAAUUUUUCUUACACAUUCAACAUCAUUAUUAUUUCUUUUUCUUAAUUAUUUUCUACAAGAAUACAUUUGGAAACGAAAUACGAAAGGUAUUCAAUCAGCAAAAGACCAUCAGAAAAAAAAUGGUUUUAUUAAACAUGAAAAACAUCAAUAG